AUGGCUCCAAGAUGGAAAUGGAAAGGUGCUGAAGCAAAAGCUCUUACAGAACCUAUUUCAAACUCAAUCUCAGAGCUCAAGCUCUCUCUGUCCAAAACAGACCCAUCUGGUUCACUCUCGAGUUGCAAUGUGCUUCUAAUGGUUGAGCCAGAGCAAGCUGUGUUACUCGACCGAUGUUGUUUUGGUAGACUCGUACUAUCCUCAGAGAAAGUCAAGAAAUUGAUUCAGCUAUCUUUUGAAGAAGCUUUUUAUUUGCUCCAUAAUCUCAAAUGCAUCAGAAUCUCCCUUCAAGGUUCUUGCUUGGAGGAUGAAGUAGACACAUGGCACUACAUGAAAUCAAAAAGACCAAACUUUCCAAUAUCUUUCAAAGCUUAUUCGCAUUUACGAUCCAAGAACUGGGUUUUGAGAUCCGGUUUGCAAUAUGGCGUGGAUUUCGUGGCGUACCGACACCAUCCAUCUCUUGUCCACUCUGAGUACUCGGUUUUGGUUCAGUCUGGUGACAGUGACCAGUUAAGAGUGUUUUCGGAUAUCCAUUGCGCUGUUCCGUUAAGUGGAAGUGUUGCGAAAACGCUAUUGGCUGUCUACGUCAAUGGUAACUUCAAAGCAGAGGAUUCGAUCUACCUUCCUGUUUGGAUAUGUACACAGUGGAAGAACGGACAAUAA